AUAAAAAUUUUUUUUUUAUCCACCUGAAAAUUCCUUUCAAAGGGGUUCAUUAAAACACAAGUAUAACAUUACCAAAAUUAUUGAAUGUCUUCUUUCACAAAUAGGACUUUCUUGAUGACAGAGUAUCUGUGGCUGGUAUCGGCAUCCUCUGCGAGUACCGAUACCUUCGAAUGGGUUUCUCGUCCCAAUCGGUAAGACAAGUCUUCACUUUCAUGAAAAUUCAAAGCCACUUUGAGUCUUGCCUUAUGAAACGUUCAGCAGCCCAGAACACGUUGUAGAAGCUCAGAGUCACAAAGGGCACUUUACGCAAGUCUUGGAGGAAUGCAAUCAAAUCCCAAACAUCCCUCCCUCGACCACUCCAAGACUAUCCCCAACAUUACAUCACGCUCCACCACUGUGCAGGCUGGAUGGGGGAAGAAAAAAAACGUGUCGUGCUGUAAUCUGCAGUGACGCCACUAAUCCCCACGCUACAAAAGUCACAGCUCGUUGCCCCCGUCCUGCACACGGACGCCUGACGCUUCACUUUCGCCUCGAAACAGACUGACGAUCCAAAGUGUGACGCUCAGCGGACAUGGCUGUUGUUAGUGGAACUUACCGCAUGGUGUCCGAGGAGGAGCAGGCUCUCCGGGCCAAGCUGGAGCGCCUCACCGUCAAGGACCACGGGCCGGUCUUUGGACCUUGCCCCAGUGUGCCGGACCACACCCGGCAGAAGGCCAAAGACGAGUUGCAAGAGACGGACGACAAGCGCGUGUCUGCGGUCAAGGAGUUGCGGGGGAUGAUCAAGGAGAAGGCCGACGCGGGAGACGAGCUAGCCAAGGGCGUGCAGGACACUUUUGGGGAGAAGCCCGACAGCCUGCUGGUUCGCUUCAUCCGGGCCAGGAAAUACGACGUUCCCAGAUCCUUUGAGCUCAUGAAGGGUUACGUGCGCUUCAGGAAGGAGUACCCCGAGCUGUUUGAGAACCUGACGCCCGAGGCGGUACGCAGUACCAUCGAGGCGGGCUACCCGGGCAUCCUCCAGAGCCGAGACAAGUACGGCCGCGUGGUUCUGCUUUUCAACAUCGAGAACUGGGACUACGAGGAGAUCACCUUCGACGAGAUCCUGCGGGCCUACUGCGUGAUCCUGGAGAAGCUUCUGGAGAACGAGGAGACCCAGAUCAACGGCUUCUGCAUCAUCGAGAACUUUAAAGGCUUCACCAUGCAGCAGGCGUCGGGCAUCAAGCCCACCGAGCUCAAGAAGAUGGUGGACAUGUUGCAGGACUCGUUCCCAGCUCGUUUCAAAGCCGUGCACUUCAUCCACCAGCCGUGGUACUUCACCACCACCUACAACGUGGUCAAGCCCCUCAUGAAGAGCAAGCUACUGGAGAGGGUGUUUGUGCACGGAGAUGAGCUGGAAAACUACUACAAGGAGUUUGACGCCGACAUCCUCCCCGCCGAGUUUGACGGGAAAGCGGCCAAGUACGACGGCAAAGCCACGGCGGCCAAGUUGUUUGACUAAAAGCCAGAGCCUCGUUUACAUGCCAAUGAAUGCUGAGAUGCUAAUGUCGCCUUUGUGUUGUUGUUUUUGGGGGGGUCCAGAUAAAGCCCACAAAAUGCUUGUUUCAAACCAAAAUGGCCGACUUUUCAAUUUGGGUCAUGAGUCCUUGAGUAUUUGUUGUGCAUCCAAUCAACUCAAUUUUGUGUCGAUUGGGACAAAAUGGUGUCAGGUCAGGUCUUUCCUCCCCAAAUGCUGCAGAGGGCGCUAUUGAGUCAAAGUACCAUUCAUGAUUUAUAUCUUGGAAGUCUGUGUUAUACUACUCAACUGCAGAUUGGGAAGGUCCUUGUUACUUGUUGGGCUUUAUUGGGACCCCGGUGAGCCUCCAAACAAAUUAUUUUAAAAACAGUCUGUCCCCCAUCAGUCCUUGUCCUCUUUGUGCCUAAUGUUCUCCAUUGAAAUGUUACCCAUUGUGCUACCUGUUGUACCAACACUGUCAAUUGAUUGUACAAUAAAGUGUAUAUACACGUGAA